AUGUUGAAGCAGGCGCAAGCGAUUUACUUAAAGUAUCGUGGAAGAGCGUUUCCAAUAGUCGCCUAUCACCCGCUCACGUUAUCGUGGAAGGAGCAUAGAUGUGGUAUUAAAGGAGCACUCGCUGGUGGAUACUUAGUCCAUUUUGACAAAUGUUACUACCAGAGAGCAAAGCAGUGGUACAAAGUAAAGAGAAUGGAAGAAGGGCUCCUCAAGCGUUUAGAGGAACGGCUAGUUAUAACCGAGCAACGCUAUCGUGCUAUGCUGCAAUUGGAGACUGAUGGUAAACCCUAG